CGACUACUGCCGUAUAAAAAUGGAUCGUAGCUCCUAGUUCAAUCGUCAGUUACCGACAAGUUCUCAAUUCAGUCUCAAGUCAAAAAUGAACCCUUUGAUUUUGGUCACUUUUUUGGUUGCCGCCGCAUCGACCGCACCGACUAACUUGGUCAACCCGGCCGUCCCGUGUGCCCAUGGAGUCGCUGCCGUGGCCUAUGCCGCCGCUGCCCCAGUCCCUUACCCGGCUGCCCUGACCUACGCCGUCCCUGAGCCCGUCCAGGUUGCCGUUCAACCCCAAAUCACUUACGAUUUCCCCGUUCCAGUAUCUGCUCCUGCUCCAGCUCCUGCCCCAGUAGCCGUUGCGGUACCAGCACCAAUUACGGUUGAAUACGACUUCCCUGCACCAAUUGCUGCCUCAGCACCAGCACCAGUUGUUGUUGCUGCUGCUCCAGUAGCUGUUGCCGCUCCAGUCAAAAUUGAAUACGACUUCCCCGCUCCCAUUUCGGCCCCAGCACCAGCCCCAGUAGUCCCGGUUGCUGCUCCCGUUGCCCUGCCGGCACCAGUCAAGAUCGAGUACGACUUCCCUGCACCCAUCUCUGCUCCAGCUCCGGCACCAGUUGUUGUUGCUGCCCCAGCACCAAUCACCUAUACCGGACCUGCACCAGUUAAGGUUGAAUACGACUUCCCAGCUCCUAUCUCCGCCCCGGCCCCAGCCCCAGUCGUCGCUGUUGCUGCUCCCGUUGCUUAUGCCGCACCAGCUCCAGUCGUCCAGGUUGCCGCUCCCGUCAAAGUUGAAUACGACUUUCCCGCACCCAUCUCUGCUCCUGCUCCCGCUCCCGUACCAGUAGCUGUUGCUGCUCCAGCCCCAAUUGCUUCCGCCCGCACCGUCUCCGAAAUCACGCCCCAGGUGACCGCCCAACACCCGACCAAAGUCAACGUUGAAAAGUUCCCCGUUGAGGUGCCCGUCGCCGCUCCUGACGCCCAGCCCGUCCCAGUUCCAAUUGCUCCCGAAUACGAAAUCCACCAGAAUCACGCAGCAGCUGCCAAUUCCAUUGUCUGUGUCAAUUUCCCCUGUCCCCGCUAUUAAUUUCUCAGUUGGGCAAUCAAAUAUUCUUGAUUGGGUGAGCUGUGAUGUGAUCUGGUUAUCAUCUAUACUGUUAACUCUGUGCCCGCAGACAACAACUGUCAAUGAUUUGCAUUUCAUUGUUUUGUUUUCUACUCGUUUUUUUGCACGCAAAGAACCAGUUUUACAGUUUUACUGCUGCUACCCAAGUAAACCGCACCGGUUGGCCUUGGUAACAACUAAUCAGUUGGCUGAUUCAUAUAAAAAAGUGCGCUAGAAAAUAGUAUUAAACAAACAGCCAAGUCCAUGCGUUAGUCUGCCAUGUUACAUUAGUUAGCCUUCGUAGCUUAGUAGGUUUGAAACGUAUAGGAACGAUUGCCUGGCGUUAAACUCGCAUAGAAUAAUGAAUGUAUAUCUGAAUAUACUGGGUAAUCGGUAA